CGGGAGGGCUUUGCGGCCAUCUUUUCCCAGCACGAACUACAGCACUGUUGUUGCUGCUGCUGCUGGUGGUGCUUUUCCUGGGUUGCUGCGGAGCCUGGCCGCCUCCCCUCUUGUCCGCCUCGAGUGGGGUGCUCGCUGAGAGGAAAAUGAUCCACAGUCUGUUUCUUAUAAACUGUUCCGGUGAUAUAUUCUUGGAGAAGCAUUGGAAGAGUGUUGUUGGCCAGUCUGUGUGCGAUUAUUUCUUUGAAGCUCAGGAACGAGCCGCUGAUGUUGAAAAUGUUCCUCCUGUCAUACCCACGCCUCACCACUACCUCAUCAGCAUCUAUCGGGACAAAAUAUUCUUUGUGUCUGUCAUACAGACAGAAGUGCCACCACUCUUUGUCAUUGAAUUCCUUCACCGUGUAGCAGAUACUUUCCAGGAUUACUUUGGAGAAUGUUCUGAGACUGCAAUUAAAGACAAUGUUGUUAUUGUGUAUGAGCUUCUUGAAGAAAUGCUGGACAAUGGCUUUCCACUGGCAACAGAAUCCAAUAUCUUAAAAGAACUCAUUAAACCUCCCACAAUCCUGCGUUCUGUUGUCAACUCCAUUACAGGCAGCAGUAAUGUGGGUGAUACUCUUCCAACUGGUCAGCUGUCAAACAUUCCAUGGCGAAGAGCAGGUGUGAAGUAUACAAACAAUGAAGCCUACUUUGAUGUCAUUGAAGAAAUUGAUGCCAUUAUAGAUAAAUCUGGCUCAACAGUCUUUGCAGAAAUCCAAGGGGUCAUUGAUGCCUGCAUCAAGCUCUCAGGGAUGCCUGAUCUUUCACUUUCUUUCAUGAACCCAAGGCUCCUGGACGAUGUUAGCUUUCAUCCUUGUAUUCGGUUCAAGCGCUGGGAAUCAGAACGAGUCCUCUCCUUCAUUCCUCCUGAUGGAAACUUCAGAUUGAUUUCGUAUCGAGUUAGUUCACAAAAUUUGGUGGCCAUCCCAGUGUAUGUGAAACAUGCAAUUAGUUUCAAAGAGAAUUCCUCGACUGGAAGAUUUGACGUCACAAUCGGGCCCAAACAGAACAUGGGGAAGACAGUGGAAGGCGUCAUUAUGACUGUUCAUAUGCCAAAAGCAGUACUCAACAUGAACCUUACAGCCUCUCAAGGCAACUAUACAUUUGAUCCUGUUACCAAAGUGUUAACAUGGGAUGUUGGCAAAAUUACACCCCAGAAGCUGCCAGGUCUUAAAGGAAUGGUGAACUUGCAGUCUGGUGCUCCCAAACCAGAAGAAAAUCCUAGUCUGAAUAUUCAGUUCAAGAUACAGCAGCUGGCUAUUUCCGGACUGAAAGUAAACCGCCUUGACAUGUAUGGAGAAAAAUACAAACCAUUUAAAGGAGUGAAAUACAUAACCAAAGCAGGGAAAUUCCAAGUGCGAACAUGAGCCCUGCCUUGCUGGCAGAUAAGUUUUGAUUUUUGUGUGCGUGGGUUUUUUUUCCAUUUGAGGGGAAAAUGAGACCUAGUGACUUCAGCUACUCUUAGAUGCCAAUUCUAACAAUUCCUCUCCGAUUAGACUCAUUCCCAAUGCGCUGCCGCUCUUCAACUUAAAUUGUAGUUUAUUAAAUUUUUUAUAUGUGGCUUUGAAAUAGAAUAAUCUUCUGUAACAGUUUGCUUCUUAUCCAGUUGGUUCAUGAAAUGAUCAUCUGGAACUGUCCACAGAACCAGCGAACACCAUACACUGCCAAGCAAACUACCAAAGCACAAGAUAAAACACAGGCACUUCUGGACAGAGAACAAACCAUACGUUGGACUGCGCUGAAGGAUGCUGAUGAACUUACAGCCUGUUAGAAAUGGUGAUUUCAUAAUACUUUUCCAAGGCCGAUUAGGAAAAGGCAGAGGACCAGAGCACUCAGCUGUUUGGAAGACGGGAUCCUCAGCAAUACAGAAAAGGUUUUCCCUGCACUGUUUACAACAUGCUGCCUUUUAAAUCAAAACUGUUUGCCUUAUCAGCUUGUAAAUUCAGCAGACAAUCUGUAGCCAAGCCUUGAUUUUUCUACAACUUGCUUUAAUUUUGAAGGUGAAACAUGUAUGGAAGUGAAGUCUUUGCAUAGUUUAACAGGUGUUACCGUUUUGAAAGUGUCUUGCCACCUUACACUUAAUUGUUUGUGCCAUGCAUAUACCUCAAGAGUAGCUCAAUUUAGGCAGCAGGCUUUAUUUAAAGGUUAUGUUGCUAAUUUGUAACGAAAUAAAAGGGAACUCACCUGUGUCACCUUGUCAUUCAGUUAAUUGUUUGGAUCAAAUAAUCCAACAGGACAAUUAACAGAACAUGUUGAUACAGUCUCUACUACGUGUUCGUGUCUUUACUUGUUGCACCUACUGUAGCAAGCCACCCAGCUGAAAUCCUGUUUCUGUAACUUACACCACAUAAGGCUGUGGUGAUCUUUCAGAAAUUAAACGUUUCUAACUU